UCGACCGCACCAUUCGCGCACACAGCUACUUUAGUCAAAUCGCUACCGGUCUCGGCUACCUCCACGCCCGUGGCCUCGCCCACCGCGAUCUCUCGCUCGAAAACAUCUUUGUCGACGCCAACGACACGCUCAAGAUUGGCGACUUUGGCCUCGCGAUGCCGCUCCACGGGAUCUCGACGUACGCCGUCGGCAAGUCGUACUACAUGGCGCCCGAGAUGCACAUGCCGCAUGGGUACAGCGCGGCCAAGGUCGACGUGUGGUCGCUGGGUAUUUUGCUCUGGAUGCUCUUGACAGGCGUGCCACUGGUCGAGGCGUCCAAUGACGACGACGAAGCGUUUGGGUACUUGAAGCGGUGUGGCGUCCGUGGACUUGUGGACGUGUGGAAGUUGGAGAUCCCGAACGACGCGGUCGAGAUGCUCGAGAUGCUCCUGGUG